ACUUGCCUUUCUCUCAAAUCCCUUAAUUUGCGCCGUCAUCAAACAUUUGCAUAAAAUGCCUUCUGAAGAGACCAAGGAACGUAUCACGAAACUUGUGGAGAUUGGCCGCACUGUGGUGCACUAUGGCUGGAUACCGCUCAUUAUCUAUAUUGGCUAUACUCGGAGCACUCCUCAACCCACCCUUAUUAAGCUCAUAAGUCCACUCGCAUGAGGAAUUACUCCUUGCAUACGCACCUCCAGCUGUAUUUUAUAAUUCAGUCUACUUAGAAAAAAAGCCAAUUCCCUGCUCAGUCCUUCGCUCGAUCAGGUGCUGCUGGGAGUUUGAGGUUUCAUUGAGUCUAUUAUGUGAUGCCGAUGGAACGUGUUUGUUGACUCAGGAAUAAACAAGAUAGUGU